UGAUUUUCACGCUCUCCGAAUCACUCAGCAGCUUGAAGGAGUCUCCCAGUCCAAAUAAGAUGGAUCCCCUUGAAGCCCGCAUUCCUUAAAAAGAAUUCCAGUGAACGUGGGACGUCUCCACAUUUCGUAAUCACUCUGUUCGUAGUAAAUGGAGCCUGCCUUACCUAGGCCGUGAGGGUAACUACCGUGCGGUAAUGGCAGCAGCGGCAUGCAGGGAGGAUGUGCAAGAGCGACGACUCUACUAUGUCAUGGCCGAAACAGGGCCCCAAGUUGUUAAAGACGUUUUAGAGAGCAAAGGAUGGCUACCAUAUGUAGAAGGGAAGAGCCUAUACUGGAAUUUGUGGUGGAAAGGCUCCCGUUACAGAAAAUCAGACUACGAAGCUUGUCAACCAUGGCAAAGACUCAAUCAUUUUCCCAAAACCUUGAACCUCACUCGCAAGGAUACGUUAUACCGCUUACUCAAGACUAUGCGAGGAAUUUAUGGCCCCAUUUAUGAUUUUGUCCCUCUCACCUUUUCGUUGCCAAAUGAUUAUGUGCGAUUCGUUAGGGUCUAUGCUGAGGAGGAUGAACAGGGUGUCAAGGGUUUGUGGAUCUGUAAGCCCGCUGAUCUGAGUAGGGGACGAGGGAUUUUUCUCUUUAGAGACUUGCAUGAGUUGACGUACGAUUGCAAUGUCAUUGUGCAACGAUAUAUCUCCAAUCCCAUGUUAAUAUCUGGGUACAAGUUCGACAUAAGAUGCUAUGUCGUCGUACGAUCCUACAACCCCCUCGUCGUCUACUUGAAUCAAGAAGGGAUAGCCCGGUUCGCAACGAGCGUAUACACAACCACAGAGCUAUCAAACGUAUACGCGCACCUAACCAAUACCUCCAUCAACAAAUUCUCCCCAUCCCUUUCACAUGAAAAGGAUGAGGUUGGGAGUGGGUGUAGAUGGACUCUUGGAAAGUUGAGGACAUGGUUUGAAGGCAUGGGCGUGGAUUUUGAGAAGAUUUGGAGAAAGAUACAGGGAAUCAUUUUGUUAACCUUGUUACCAGUGGCUGUGGAAGUGCCAUUAGUGCCGGCAGGGUGCUUUGAGCUAUAUGGAUUUGAUAUUAUGUUGGACGAGAACUUGCGACCGCAUCUUCUUGAAGUAAACUUUGGUCCAGCCCUGUCUCUUGACACGGACGUAGACGUUGAGAUCAAAAAACCGCUCAUUGAAGAUAUCAUAAACCUCGUGGAGAUAUCUGAUGAGCAAGCCCGAAUGGCAGUAAAUCAUGCAUUGGGUAUCUCGGGACGACCUGCUACAAGGGGAAGCAGGUCACAGUUGGUUGCGCUAGACAAGAAACGAUUCACCUCCCUCCCUGAAUUGACACGGACCAAUAGUUUAAUGAAGCAGAAAGCUCGGUCCAAUAGAGCACAGAGGAAUGUUGGACGAUUACGAAGGAUCAUGCCUUUUAAUGAUACCACAGCAGAGCUGGUGUGUCAUCCACUCGCAGUUGGAAAGCCUGCACUGAAGCAAAUCAUCCAGGAAAUCAGAAGAACGUUACUGUAAUCAGCCGAGUCGAGUGUAAGAACCCUGAUAUAUAUGACAUCUAGUAAUAGGUUGUUUGAAAACAAAUUAUCAACAGAGACAGUGUACGCAAC